CCCCGCGCGGAUGAUCUUCGUUAAAUCUCAAUUCUAAUCGCUCCCGCGUUUCCUACGUGAAUAAGAGGGCAAGCAUUCAUAAUGCAAGUUUCUUUUUUCUGCCGAGAUUUGGGAGGGAUUUGUUGCAGUUGGCACUUAAUGACGCCGAUCGCCUUUUAAAAUGUCACAUCUGACUUUUCGACACUUCGUAUUAUUGUUAUUACGCAUUGAAAAUGUAACAUUAAAAUUUUGAAAAUCACGAUUUUAUGAAAUCGCACGAUUUGAAAUUCAAACAAUUCUUAGAAGUUAGAAAAAUUCUUGGAAAUAGCGUAAUCUUUUUAUCAAUCAUAUUCUCUUGAUGUUUUAACGACUUUCAGAUUUUUUUAAAGAGUGACUCCGCAUAAUAUAAAAGGUUUUCAAUAAAAUAUCUUAGAGAUUCACAAAAGAAUGUCUCUUAGAAUAAACGGUGUGACAAAUUAUCUAAUAGAUAAGAAUUUUAUUAUUAAAAAGUACAAGUAAGCAAUAUAUUUCAAAUAAAUCAUAUUUUAAUGAAAUCUGUAUGAAAAUUAGAUUUUUUUAAAAUAUCAAUUCGCAGUUUAUUGUUUUGAAGUCUCGUUAGUUUUCUAACAAUGAUAUCUGUUGAUAAUAAUAAUUCCAAACUGCAUAAAAGUAUGUUUGUCGAACGCGUGUUAAACUCGGAAUAGCGAGUUACUUUACCUUACGAGGGAGGGACGGUAAGCGCUCCCCCGUAUAUUUCUCUGUCCUAUCCGCGAACGAUCAGAGGACGACAGAUUUUUCGUCGAACCUCGAAUUGUCACCGUCGCGAUAGGUGGCGACACCGGCUUGAUAAAUUAAUGCAACUCGAACUUUAUUUCGAACCCGUACGUUAGUGUAGGCGAUUUCGAAGGAUCUCUACCGAUCGAUACUGUUAUCGACUCGACGCAUUGAACCUCGUUCGUUCCGACGGCAGGCGGCGGGGGCGACAAAAGUGUACGAGAAAAAAAAAAAAGAAAUGCGAUUCGGUUAUGUCGCGCGUUGUCAACAUAAGCGGCAAUUGUGUCGUGAGGGCUGCGUCGCGCGUUUCACGAGGAGGACGAAGAAAUUCCGCCGACCUUAAUCGAAAGCGCCCGUCCGCCGCCGUCGUCCGUCCGAGAAUGAACUCAGGGAGACUUGCGAACAAUGAGAUGUCCGCGGUAGUGGAGCUGAUACGGCCAGGAAAGCCUCUUACGUUAAUUCCUCGUGCUCGCCGUUGCUGACAAACAUUUUUCUCUCCCUUUCAUCAGGGGAUAUAUCGCCGUUCCAUUUUCGGCUCGAAAGAGGUUGGGACUAACCAUGUCCAGUAAGAGGCAUCGUGGGCAAAAGUCAAGCGUAGAUAAUAAAGUAGCACAUGAAGGCCAUAAUAGAUAGAAUGAGCGCAUCUCGGCAAAACGAAGCGCGUUGCUUCAAUGAAAACUCUCCUAGGCCGCCAGUGCCAGGAGAGGAAACUGGAAGCUAUGUCAGCCGGAUCCGUCCACAGAGUCCUGCUCUGACACCAAGACGCUCUUCUUUUGCGACAUCGCAAGUCUCCGGCGGUGGCUGCGAUGUUUCCGCGCCGCUGGGAUUUGAGCCAGAGGGUUGUUGCGGAACCACUACCAUGGAGAGCAAUUCACCCCCUGCUUACGCACGGUGGGCGAGAAAUCUGCACUCCCUGCUAGAGGAUCCGGUAGGUUUGGAGCUGUUCAAGAGGUACCUAAGUCAGGAGGGACAUUUGGAUCCGCUCAACUUCUGGUUCGCCUGUGAGGGCCUCAAAGAACAAAAGAACAUGGAGAAGAUUUCGCAGUUGGUGAAGCUCAUCUAUCGGAGGUUUUUUCUCAAGUCGCAGCUAUGUAUACCGGAAGAUGUGAUGAAGGAGGCGGAUCGGCGGGUCAAGGAAGGCCGCGCCGAUGACAAGGUAUUCGACAUCGUGCAGCUGGAAGUGGAGCGGCUAAUCAACGAAACGACAUAUCCCAACUUUCUUCAAUCUGACGUUUACGUGCAAUACGUACAAUCCUGUCAGAAUCCCGAUUCCGGCGGUUGCCCGAGCUCCAGUUCAGGCAGUCGCGAAAUGUCCAUCUCCUGUGGACCGAGUUUGUUGCCCACCGUACACGAGGACAGCGAAUACGUCGCCACCAGUUGUAUACAUACACACAAUUCGCAUUCGACCGGCGGAACGCCUGGGGAACUGAGAUUGACCAAAGAUAUGCUAAUGGCUACUCAACAGACAAGAGCGAUGGAUCUACGACCGAGACCAGAAGCGUACGCCGGCAUUUACUUGCAACAUGGGACUAGUCCGUAUCACAUGCACGUAUCCAGAUUGCACGCACAAUAUUCCUCCUACAACCCAGUAUCCAGACAGGAUUCCGAGCUUCAGAGUUUGAGCAGUGAUGCACGUACUGAAGUGGACAAUGUGUCCCUCAACGACGGAUCCAUCGAUGGGACGAGUAACAGACAGAGGAGCAAGAAGCAAUACAGCAAGCAAUCUAGUAGGGCAAUUAAAGAAUCCGCCAAUAUAAAUCGCGAGUCCAUGGCGCAUCACGUUGUCCCACGGACUCAGCGUAUGGCAUCUCCGAAGCAGUUGUCAGCAGAACAAUUCGCGGAAAUGCUCACUCAGAAAUUGGAGCUCCUUGCGCGAGAGCAAAAGGCCCAAGAGAAAUUGGAAAAAUGUUUGAAUCAGGAGAACGACGUAUCGAUCGGUAGUGAUACGUUGGUAGAAACUGGUGGGGCUCCCAAGACUCUGGGCGUUGCGCUGAAAGAAAAGCCGUCUAUCGAGGAAGACAGCGAUCAGGCGAUUCUCGAUGAGCACGUAUCUCGCGUCUGGUCAGACCAGACACCGUCGAGAUCUCCCGAGAGAAGGCGUCCCACUCAUUCCACAUUCUCGGUAGAUAGUGGCAACAUCCAUGACUUCCCAGAGGGCAACGACCCCUCUUGGAACCUUGUUGGAACUGCCGGCUCAGUGAGUUCACUAGGCUCACAUCUACCCAAAUCUAAAUCUGUGCCAUCAGAUUACGGUGAUUUCCUCCACAAACAGGGUCUGCAUGCUCAAGGCCACGACCAAAGAUUCCGAAGGUCGGACAUGACGAGACGAUCAGCCACGAAAAAAUCGAUGACGGAGUUAACGGAUAGCGGGGUAAGCGUAGUCAGCGAUGUGCGGCCUUCCAUAAAUAAGGAUGUUCGCCUGUUGCCUCGGUUUAAAGAAGUUGACAAGAAAGUUGACUUGAAGCACAGUAGUCGCCAUGGCAAGAGGUACGGCUCGCGCAGCGGGUCCUUGGAAAGACCAAACAGAGAAACGUGGAGUAUGGGAGUACCUGCCCAGCCAUUUGUAGCUGAUCCGGGAAUGCCACCUCUGCCACCACCUCACACGGUUAUACAAUUAGAAGAGACUUGUAGAAGGCUUAUGGAAGAAAAUAAGACGCGUGCUAGUUGCAAACAACGACAUCUCAACAUUUCGAAACAGGCGUACGAGUUUCCGUCGCAAAGUCAGCCGUACGUCCAGUCGAAUCAGUCUACUUUGAGGAAACCGAAGCAGGAUGAUUUCACCACUGUUGUGUUCAGUUUCUGUGACGAGCAAUUUCCUUAUAGGACAAAAAUUCCUGGUCACAAUGUCACGUUGAAGCAAUUCAAGGAGUACCUUCCGAAGAAAGGGAGUUAUCGAUACUUUUUCAAAACGGAGUGCGAAGACUUAGAUACGAAAGUCAUACAAGAAGAGAUAACGGACGAUGCCGAGAUUCUGCCACUAUGGGAGGGCAAAGUGAUGGCGCAAGUUAAGGCGCUCGAGUAAUAGACUGAAUAAAAAACCGAGCGCGCGAAAUGCGCGUAUUCUGACCAAGUGCCGCAAUAAAUAUUAUUUAAGAGAUCCGCCACUAAGCCGGCAAACCGACGCGCUCGGUGUUUAUACAUAUAUACAUAUUAACGCUUGUCACGCGGCCUCUUUCUCAUAAUUGCCUAAGAAAAUAGUUUUAAUGUUAUUAUCGAUGAAAAAGAAAACUAUCGUCAAGCAAUAUUGUUUCGCGUGUGAACGUUGUGGACAAAUUAAAAAAAAAAAAUGGCCUCACGUCAAAUACUGUUUGUCGAAUAAUCCUCGACCUCAUAGAAACCUCGUAGGUUUUGUUUAUUAAUACGAUCAAACAGUAAUUAUUUUAUUAGGUUUUUUUCCAUUCAGAUCGAUAUCGGAUCACAUGUUUUCUAGCCUCACUGAUAGGACGAAACACUAAUUUUAUCUUGACAAUUAUUUAACCGGGAAUUAGACCAGAACCAUAUAUAUACAUACAUUGUGAGUUUAUUUAAGCUAGAGAAACAAAAAAAGAGAACUGCAUUCUUUAUGUGAAAUAUCUCAACAAAUACGUUUUACACGCGAUUGACAGUUCGCGCGACAGCGCUUUAUUGUACAUAAUUAGCAUAUAAUGUUUUUGAUGACAAUGUUAUGCGUUUUGUCGGUACGGUUUUUGCCAGAUGAAAUUAUACUAUUAUAAUUUUAUCUGGCACAGUAUCACGGGGUUUGAGCGAAAACGGCCACAACAUGUCGAAAAAGCGAAUACAUUGCGACCGACUAAACAAUUUCUUCCUCUCGAAGACUUCCCAUAGUUCUCCACAUAACUGUACAAAGAUCCGCGUAGUUGAUCGCCUUAGUAAGGUCUGCGUAGGCACUAGACUUACAUAGAAGAUGAUAAUUAUUACAAAUUAGCAUUUAAGAAAAUAUAUUACGUAUAUUUUACGUAAAUACGAGACAUCACUUCGUACAUAUAUGUAAUAUAUGUAAUAUAUUUUACAUAUGCGCGAAACAUGAAAUUGGAAAGAAAUUACGAAUCAUGUUUUUUUUUUUCCCCAUUGUGCCACUACCGUCACCGUUGCAUCAAUCCGUCAAUCUUCAAUAUUAUGAAAUAAGUUCACCAAACGUAAAUAGCCUAAUAAAAGGGGCGAUAUUUAUAGUAUGUGUCGACACGCAGUUGGCAUCGGGACGGCAAAGACCGAUGGAGGAAAGAAGGAAGAUUAUUAGCGUUUAGAUUGUAAUAACGUUUGUAUCAGGUGCGGAAAUAUGUGCCUUUUUAGUGCAGUAAGGUCGAAAUAUAAGUCUAAGAGAGAUGGUUAAGAGAUAUUUAUGAAUUGUGCAGUACGGGGGCCCAAUCCUGAUAGAAAAAAAAUAUCGUGUCUGAUAUUAAAUUCCACAAGAAUUUAUGUAUCUAUGCUGAAAAAGUCUAGUAAUAACUACCAACUGUAUUUUUGUUUAGAUUAAUACGAUAUUUAGCAAAUAUUACCAAACAAGUUAAAAGUAAUAUAACCAACCGUUUGGUAUACUAAUCACUGAAUAUUUAGAAAAUUAAAAUUGACAUUUUGUUGAGUUUGAUUAUAUUAAUCGAUAUCGAUAUUCAAUAAUACAUGGACACGUGGGUACUGAUCUACCAAAUUGUUUGAAUAAAUAUUUUGUAUCGUAAGAAAAUCGUUUCCUUGGUAUAUUUUUAUCACAUAUGAAGAACAUAUACAAUAUAUAUAUAUAUUUUAACACUAUAAUAGUGCGAGGCACUGUAAUCAAAUAGCAAAACGGUUUAUAUAAAAUUUUUUACUUUUACUUUAGUAGUGUAACGCAGCAUAUUAUUGCUAUGUGCAUGAUAUGCAUGUGUAUCGCAGAUUUGGUUUCCACUGUGCAAGUUAUCUUGAUCCAAUUGUAAAACUAUGCUCUCCAUAUAAAAAUGCAGCAUUUCGACAAGAAUUUAAUCUUCGACUUUCUAUAAAAAUACUGUCAAUGUAUGUAAGACAAAAAAAUGUCAGUGCAAAUUUAAAAUAAUUUAAAUUUUAAAAAAAUUAAAUUAAAUGUAACACUUUACAAAUAUUCGACAGUUGCAAGCCACAAAUGAGACUAGAUCUUUAUAAGCUACAAUCCAAUAUAAUUUAUACAAAAUAAGAUUGAAAAUUUUCACGGAAACAUUACAAAUUUUCCUAAUAUGUGCAUAAUGAGUACCCAGUGCCCGGAUAUUGACAUAUGUCAGGUAACUGAACAUUUAAUGUGAAAUUAUUGAAGCUUUAGUUCAUUUAGGCUUGAUUAUUAUUACUAGACUUUUUUUUAAUGAUACAAAUUUAUUGAUAUCAAGUCUUGUUUUUUUUAUUCUUCGUCUAUUAAAACCAAUUGUUACGCUUCAUUUAACUUUCAGUUAUAGAAACCUGAAUUACUCAAAUUUUUUAAAAUUUUUACGCGCGUGAAAAUAUGCGAGGAUUUAAACGUCUCGCAUUAAAAUGUUCGAUUGUAUAUUCUAAUAAAGAUCGCAGUAGUGUAAGAAUGUACCUAAUCUAUUUCAUUUCUCGAUUUAUAAGAGAAAGAAGCUGUAGAAAAACGCGAGUUCUUUUACUGAAGAAAAAAGAAAACUCGAGACUGAAAAAAUUAAAUUAUAACACAUAAUUGUUACAUUAUGUAUAAUAUAAACUUGCGAAAAAUACCAGAUGACCAUCGAUCGAUGAUUCGACUUUAUAAUUUGCCGGAGCUCGCUUCUUACGCGUGAUUCCCGUGAGAAAAUCGAUAAAAAAAAACAAUGACAUAUGUACCAUUUAUUUGUAAAUUCGAUCGCGUAAAUUCGAUGCCUUUGAAAAUCGAUACUGAAGGCAACGUAUGCAAUCGACAUUUUUAAUUGUAUGUAACUGAUCAUUAAAAUAUCACGAACGUUAAAGUGUUCCUGUACCUAAUUAAUUAUUAACGAUUAUUAUUGUAUAUCAAAAAUAAUGAGAAUAAUAACGCAAUUUUCACUGGA